AUGCGUGCUCUCCAGCACCUCCUGCUGGCCCUGCUGGCCCUGCUGGCGGCGGCGGCCAUCACGGCCACCGCCCUGCCCACCUCGCCGCAUCAGCAAGACACCGCGCCGAUGCGCCGGCUACGCGCUCUCUUCAGCCAGGGCCUCCUGGCCGCCGGACCGCAGCUGACCUUGGCCGAGGGUGCCGCGGUUCGCCUGGCCGCCGGCCCGGGCCUGCCCCAGACCUUGCUCUGGCCCGCCGGCACCGCCGAUGCCAACGCCGACACCUGGCCCGAUAAUUUGGCCCCCCUGCUCACGCGUGUCUCCUCCGAGGGCCCGCUUGCCGGGCAGGUGAACGGUGACGACACCUUCGGCUACUUUUCCCAGUCCCUGCCCGGGGGGGCUUUCACCUCGCGUGGGCUUUACCGCCAGCGCCUGGACGGGGCCGCGGGCUACGAGCUGCUGGAGCUGAACAUCACAGCCCCGGCCGCCGAGGCCGCCGGGGCCAUUGCCGAGGUCGCCGCCGAGAGUCACCAGCUUUCGACGGCCGGCGUGGCUCCGCGCACGCCCUGGCGCCCGGCGGUGGCGGCCACCGAAAUGGCCUUCCGCGCGCUGUCCUUCAACAUUCGCUACGGCUCGGCCAGCGAUGGGCUGAAUGGCUGGCCACAGCGCCGGCCCCAGGUGUUUGACAUCCUGCGUAAGCAGGCUCCCCUGGUGGCGGGGCUGCAGGAGGUCCUGCACUUCCAGCUGCAAGAGCUCCUGGCCGAGCUGCCGGAGUACCGGCAUGUCGGCGUGGGCCGCGAUGAUGGCCUCACCGCCGGCGAGUAUGCGCCCAUCUUCUAUCGGGCCGAUCGUCUGCAGGUUCUCGAAUCCGGGACCUUCUGGUUCUGCGACCAGCCACACAUUCCCGGCUGCCGGACGUACGGCAACAACCUGCCCCGGAUCUGCACCUGGGCCAAGUUUUUCGACGUCCCCACCGGCCGCGCAUUCUACCACUUCAAUGUGCACCUGGACCACAUGUCCAGCAACUCCCGCAUCCAGAGCGCCCAGCAGCUGGUUGACACCAUCGACCGGUACAACCUGGCCCGGCUGCCGACCCUGAUCACCGGGGACUUCAACAACCACAGCGAAAAUGCCACCGAAGUCCGGGUUCUCCAGGAUGCCGGCUACAUGGACACCUUCCGUCAGCUCGAUCAUGACCCCCGUCGUGGGCUCACCUACCACGAGUUCACCGGCAAGGGCAUCCGCAAGAUCGACUACGUGUGGCUCUGGACCGGCGCCAACCUGGCCGGGUACAAUGUCACCGCGGUCGACAUGCUCACCCAGCAUGUGUCUCUGCCCUCCGGCCUGGGGACCAUUUAUCCCAGCGACCACUACCCGAUUUUGGCCGAUGUCGCAUGGCACUUUGGCUAG